UCGAGGGGCGAACUACAACGGCCAAAUUUGGCAUAUCCCAUUCCUUCUUUAUUUUUCAAUCUCAACAAGAAAACAAAAAGUCUCUCGUUUCUUUCGAAACCUAGGGAACUCUUCUUCUUCUUCUUCUUUCUCCUCUUUUGUUGAGACAUGUAUUAUUAAUAUCUUCCUCCUCCUCCUCUGUUUUUUAUUUAUUUUUCUACGUGAUUUUCUCGUAGGUUAUUUGAAUAAGAUUUUUGAUAAUUGUGGUGUUGGUAUUAUUAGACAUCUCUGAGAAUUUCGAUUUCUAGGGUUUGUAUUCCUGGGUCGAAAUAGGGUUCUAGGAGGGCAUACAAAGAUGUGGGAUUGAGAUCUCCUUGGAGGUUGAGAGAGGGUUUGACGGAAAUGAGUACAAAGGAGAUAACAGGCAAGGAUGUGAAAGCCACAGAGAAGAACAGGAUUCGAUACUCUUCAAGGCACAUUAAACAUCUUCCACCUGGAACCAUUACUGAGUUUGAAUGGAAGGAUUACUGUCCCUUGGGCUUCAGACUUGUGCAAGAGCUUGAGGAUAUUAACCAUGCUGAAUAUUUGAAAUCCAUCUGUAAUGAUGAGACGUUAAGGAAGCUUUCUACUGGGAAAGUUGGUAAUAUGUUUCUUCUUUCCAAAGAUGACCGCUUUCUCAUCAAGAUUCUUCGCAAAUCCGAAAUUAAGGUAAUACUAGAGAUGUUGCCUGGCUACUACCAACAUAUUCAUACAAACAGGUCUACCUUGUUGUCCAAGAACUAUGGAGCUCAUUCUCUCAAACCUAUUGGAGGUGUUAAGACAUAUUUUGUGGUCAUGUCAAACAUACUGCAGUCAGAUGUUUUUAUGAACAAGGUCUAUGAUCUAAAGGGUUCAUCACAAGGCCGGACUAACAAGAAGAUCAAAGUGAGAGAUAAGACCAUACUUAAAGAUAUAGACCUUGAUUUUCAUUUCUACGUGGAUUCCCUUGCCAGGCACCGCCUCAUCAAGCAGACAAAGCUAGAUUGUGAACUAUUGGAAGAUGAAGGGAUAAUGGAUUAUAGCUUAAUGCUUGGUUUACAAGUUAAAGGUUCAUGUCAAGGCUCAACUGAUGAAUUAAUCCCUGUAUACGAUAGCUUCACAUCACUAGGAUCUGUUGACAGCAACAGCUCCAAGUUUAUGAAGACAGCUACAAACUCUCCAGAUAGUUCUUCAACAAUGUAUUCAUGCACUCCAAGCAGAGACUCAAUUGAUAGUGAGGACUCCUCAGUGAAUAUACAAUCCGUGGCAAGCAUGUGUCCUAGUUCAGCACCAACGAACGCUUCUGAUUCUCCACAAGGAAGCAUUGUCUCCAAAACAACACCCACUAACAUCUUCCAAAACAGCGCAAGCACAAACUUCGGCAUGAGGAUACCUGGACGAGCACGAAGGGUGGGGAGAGGAGAAUCAGGGAAGACCGUUAAAGGAGGUGGAGAGGAAUGGUACGACGUUAUAUUGUACCUUGGGAUUAUAGACAUUUUCCAAGACUAUGGUGUGAGAAAACGCAUUGAACAUUGUGUCAAGUCUAUUCAACACAGCUCUAAGACUAUUUCAGCCGUCCAUCCCAAGAUUUACUCUUCUCGUUUCCAAGACUUUGUCUCUCAGAUCUUCUUACCGGACGAAGAUAUUUCUAAUUGAUUUUAACUACCAUGUAUUAA